AUGCGGCGACAUCAUGGGAGGGCACUGUCCCCAUACCACGGUCGGACCGCCUCCCCACCAUCCGCUGAGGUAUCCUUAGUCCGCAGCUUUGACUCCCAAGUCAAUCCAUCACAACCCGUCAGACAAUCUCCUUUGGCAAUGUCUCAAAUACAGGGCAUGCCUCUAGAUUUGAUCGAACGAAUUCGCUCCUUCCCUCUGUUCCAGACCACUUCCCAGAGCUUUCUCGCCGACAUUGGUCUCCUUCUCAAACCUCAAUUACACAACACCAAUGAAUAUAUCAUUACUGAAGGCGAUGACGCAAAGGCUAUGUAUUGGCUGGUUCGAGGUGCCGUAGCCGUCACGUCGCGUGAUGGUGAAAGCACAUUUGCAGAAUUGAAACCCGGUGCUUUUUUCGGAGAGAUCGGUAUUCUUAUGGAACGUCCACGCACGGCAACCGUGGUGGCUCGCUCCAGGUGUAUGGUUUUGGUCCUGAAGAAGGAGGACCUACAAACAAUCCUACCAAAGUAUCCAGAUGUUGAGCGAUCGAUCCGUGAGGAGGCUCUGGAGCGUUUGACCCAGCUGGAAAAGAAAAAGAGACAGGUCCUUCUGGGAACCGAAGAUCUUUCCCCACCUGAGCGGCGAGGCUCUAAGCGCGCCCGAAAUGCCUUCGGUGAGGAUGUUGACAUGGAAGACGGCUCCAACGCUACAGUUUCAUCAAAGAGACGAAAAUCCCCCAGCCCGGGGACGGCGGAAGUCUCAACCGCAAGUGCAUUAGGUCAUGGACUGGUCAAUAUCAGAGCAACGUUGAAAGAGCUGCCUUUAUUCGCCUCUCUUCCUUCCGAAAUGCUUCAUUUUCUCGGACUUAGCGCCCAGCCAAGAAGCUUCACUCCAUUUUCAGAUAUUGUCAAACAGGACACUCGGGGUAGAGAAAUCUACUUCAUCGUCCGUGGCGAGGUCGAAGUCAUUGAUGAGAAACACGUUUCCAGCCCGAGAGGGCGACAGGGUGGUGUUCCAAAUGGCUUACCGAAAACACCACACGUGAAAGCACGACUUAGACCAGGGCAAUAUUUCGGAGAGGUGGUCAGUCUUUCACUUGCUGAUCGGAGAACGGCCACUGUUCGCUCCGUAACUCAGGUCGAAUGCCUUAUGAUUUCAGAGAAUGUCCUUGCGGAUUUUUGGCGUCGCUGCCCACCUGAUAUUUCACGGCAGAUUGAGGCGACGGCGAAAGAGAGGUUAAAAACAGCUUCCGACAACGACGUGAUCAUGAAUGGGCCUGAUACAGCUCCUACCAUUGAAACUUUAGCAAUUGGUGAUCAGGAUACUAUUCCGAGAAAAGGCGCUCAUGGACCCAGGGUCACAUUCACUGAAGCUGUUGCCCCCGAGUCGAUCUUGCCUAGCCAGCCCGAUGAGCCAAGCACCCUGGAACCUUCUGAUCCCGAUCCAUUUCUGAGUCAAGGCUUAGAGAAAGUCAAAUCUCGCUCAAGGAGAGGAUCUUUGGCUCCCCCACCGCCAGAUGAACCCUUAAAGGAUAUGAAGCGGCGAUCCCCCAGAUCGUCACCUAUAACGACAGCAAGUCCAAGCCCUCGGAGUUCAGCUUCCGGCACCCCUUCACCUAUUGCCGAACAUAAAGGAUUGGGCUUUCCGUUUGUAGACCCGUUCUCCCCUGGAGGAAGACCGAGGCCCAUAUCAAGAUCAAGUCGUGGACUAAAUCGAGGCACGAUACCGGAGAAAUUGCUACCCUUGAUACUUGAACAUCUUGAGCUUCAUGAACUCAUGCGACUACAGGCAGUUUCUCUACAUUGGCAAAAUGUUCUCACUAAUGCUCCGAAUCUCCUUCACAAGCUGGACCUAUCCAAAUAUAAUCGCAAGGUCACUGACGAUUUGCUGGUCAAUCGCAUAUGCCCUUUUGUGGGUCAGCGCCCUCUGUAUGUUGACAUCAGCAACUGUUUUCAUGUAACCGACGAAGGUUUCGCUGCACUUGUGAGUACAUGUGGCAGCAACGUCGAAACAUGGCGAAUGAAAAGUGUUUGGGAUGUUACCGCUCCAGCCAUACUGGAAAUGUCCAAUCGGGCAAAAAAUCUGAAAGAGGUGGACCUCAGUAAUUGCCGCAAAGUCAGUGAUACACUUCUGGCGAGAAUAGUGGGCUGGGUGGCGACUGGACAUCAACAGCCACAGACUACGAGAUAUAAAGCCUUCGGACAGCGUCCGGUACUCAAUACCAAGAUUACCAACACCGCUCCACCAGCUGCUGGUACUGUCUUUGGCUGCCCGUCGUUGAAGACUAUCACACUAAGCUACUGCAAGCAUAUCACGGAUCGAACAAUGGCUCACAUCGCCACUCAUGCCAAGGAACGUGUUGAAACCAUUGAUUUAACUCGAUGUACAACAAUUACCGAUGCAGGAUUUCAAUAUUGGGGCAACGUCAAGUUCCCACGCCUCAAGAAGCUCUGUCUGGCUGACUGCACUUAUCUGAGUGAUCAGAGUAUUGUGUGGUUGGUCAAUGGAGCUGGCAGUGGGUUGAGGCAUCUGGACUUGUCUUUUUGUUGUGCUCUUUCAGAUACUGCAACGGAGGUUCUUGCACUAGGCUGUCCAAAUCUGACCCACCUCAACAUGUCCUUCUGUGGAAGUGCAGUGUCCGAUCCGAGUUUACGAUCUAUCGGUCUACAUCUGACCAAACUUAAAGAGCUCGCCGUACGAGGAUGUGUCCGUGUCACCGGCCUUGGUGUCCAAAGCAUUGUCGAGGGGUGUCAGAAACUCAAACUGCUCGACGUAAGUCAGUGCAAAAAUUUGCAGCCUUGGCUUGUGUCCGGUGGUGUCGAACGAUAUCGCUCAGUGGGCCGUGACAUUAAUUUCAUUGUCGUGAGCGUUGGUACCAAAUUGGUGAGAUGA